CAGUAUAAUCACAGAUGGCAGUGCAUAUAUAUAUAUAUAUAUAUACAUAUACAUAUAUAUGAUGAAUUAUAUAUAUAUAUAAUAUCUUCACGUAUGUGAUUUUGUUAAACUUCAUUAAGUCGCUUGCAUGCGUCAGAAGGAAGAAGAUAGAAACAACAAAGAAAAAGAAAUAAAAUCCUUCUCCUCCUCUGUGAUAUUGUUUUUCCAGUGUGUUGCCGUGUUAGCGGCAUGUAUCUGCAUUUGGCAUUGGUCGUUUCUUCUGUUAGCGUCCAAGUCGAUUAAAAGGUUACAAUAGGGCGCCGUGGCCCGAAUUUUAUCAAGAACACAAUGUCGGAAGAUCAAGUAAAUCCACCGUCUCCAAUCGAUGGUAUUUUACCAUUUUUGCAAAGUAUUGAAUGGAGAGAUCCAUGGCUUGCGUUAUUAUUAACUUUUCACAUUGCUGUUACUUUGACUGCAUUGAUGACGCGAAAUCAUGCCAAUUUUCAAAUUAUGUUAUUUCUUGCACUAUUGCUUCUGGUAUAUUUUUCUGAAAGUAUCAAUGAAGUUGCUGCAUCUAAUUGGAUGUUGUUCUCAAGACAGCAAUAUUUUGAUUCCAAUGGUCUCUUUAUAUCUGUAGUAUUCUCUGUGCCUAUCUUAAUGAAUUGUAUGAUUAUGAUUGCCAGUUGGCUUUAUCAGUCUAGUCAAUUAAUGACCAGUUUGAAAAGAGCGCAAUUAAGACAACAAGCAAGAAAUCAGGAAAUAGGAAAUGAAUCAAUAAAUACAAAUGGCACUGCUGCAAGAGAAAAACAGGAGUAAUAUUUCUAGUCCGACAACAAUGAAAAAUGGAAAAUACUCUAUAAGUAGAGUCGUAUAUAACGGCAUUGUAAAAUUCGACGAAUAUUUUCAACAUAGUAUUUUUUUAAAACGUUACUGCCGACACUUGUUAUCACUGUACUUCAAAUUGAUUAAUUUCACUGUCAGUUAACACUAUACUUCCAACUUUAUGCCGUAUAUACAUAUAUCGAUAAUUAGAAUGUAAAUUCAAAAUCUCGAAAAUAAGUUAUUUAUUUAAUAUCAAUAUUGUAUUAAAUUGCGAAUCGGCACGCAAUUUAAUAAUCGCGAAGUAUUACUGAUUCUCGAGAGAAUAUUGUUAUCUUAUAUUAAGGUACAUUCCGAUAUUUCUCUAUUUUUAUUUUAGUGUUGAAAUAUUGAUUAUUAAUUAGUGUUCUUAAAACAUCACCGAUGUACUUACUAUUGUAACACAUAUUGCUUGUUACGAAAACUAAACUAAAAAAACGGCAUAAUUAGAUGAUAAUGGCUCUAGUUAUAUAAGUAUGUAUGUCUGUGUGAAUGAAUAUAAUUUUUUUCAGAACCAAGAUCUUAAAAAAUAUUACAAAUAUAUUAUAUGCAGUCAUUCUUUGUGUUGUAUAUUUAUAUAAAUAAACAACUUCUUUCUGAUCUAAUA